GCUCACCAUUGAGGGCGCUCCGUUGCGCGCAUAUUGUUUUUAUAUAUUUCUGGCGGUCGUCGUCGACGGCACGUCGGGCACGUCGCGCUUUUGCAGUGUGUCGCGUCGUAGUGCGUGUCGGUUCGGCGAAGAAAGUGGAGCGUCCUGCGUUGGAUGUAGAUCCGUUCGGCCAGCCGUUGACGUAAAAUAACGUCGAACGGACUCGCCGUCGUGAAACAAAUUCCUGGAGCAAGGCAGGGAUAACACGGGGGAGGAAAGGGGAAGCGGCGCAUCCCUCGCGAGAAGUUGCGAGAGUGAGCAGAAAGGAAGAGAGAGAGAGGAUGCGUGACGUGACGAGCCUCACGUUCGCUGCGUGAUCGACUGCGUGACAUGAGAGGCGUAUACACCAACAAUAAUAUUGUACAGCCGGCGACGAGGGCGAGUGCGAGGGAGUGAAUAAUGUACUGCACACUCGGAAGAUGCUUUUGCAGGAGGGACGCGAUGAGGGCCCUGAGCACCGGCGAGGUAUCCACCGCAUUGAGGCCGUUUUACUUUACCGUUCAUCCUGAUCUGUUCGGCCAGUAUCCUACACAGAGGACAGUAAAUGAAAAUUCUCUGAAGCAAUUAAGUUCAAUCUUAGAAACUUUGCAACAAAAACAACCUAUACGGCCAACCACUUUACCCUUUUAUUUGCGAUCAAAAGAUGAGAAAGACGUGAAGGCUGGUAAAUUCACGCUUGUCAAAAUACAGUUGAAAGAAAAGGAUCUGAGACAAGCGAUACUUUCCAUUUUAAAAACAUGCGAUCUACCCACGACGUUUGUCGACAAAAUAGAAGAGCAGAAGCCUCCUGUCACAAAGCACAAAUCCAGAUUUUGGCAACGCGCAUAUUCUGGAGAAAGGAUAGACCUUUCGGAAUUGGAGGACGAUCCUAUUUAUGCGUCGAUUAUUAUGAAACGCAAGAUUAAUGCAGAGCCGGAUACAUUGAAAGCAUAUCUGGACAAGCACAUCAACGAAGUACACGUUAAACUGGAAGCAUGCAGACCAGUGAGAGACGAGGUGGAGAAAUUGGAAAAAGUACUGUGCAGUGUGUUGGGUCUAAAGGAUAUCAUAUGGGACUGUGGUUGGAAUAUCACUCAUUAUCGCGGUUGCUUAUUAGCCUUUCAAGCGUUAGCCGAGCAUCAUCCGGAAUCGAUGGAAGUAUUGAGAAAUCGCACUCUCGUAUUUGCAAAUGAUACUGGUAUCAGUUUAGAAGGCAAUGUUAUGUUGAAUUCUGGAGAAGUCAGGCAUAAUUGGUUCGACCUAAUAAAGAAUGUAAAAAAGCAUGAUGCUGUAUUGUUGAAAUUGCCAGCGUUUGAGAAAGCAGUCUCCCAAGUACUCCUUGACAUUAAAGUUGGUCGACGGGUGCUCUAUAUGUGCAGGAAAUUCAUGCCUAAGGUAAUGGUCGGCCAGUAUGAACAACAGCUGCGUCAACUCAUAACCACGAUCUCAGAUUAUCGUAGCAAACGAAAAUAUCCGAGUUCGUGGCCGGCCAGUCUAUCAGCUUACGAAAUUGUCAUCGAAGCCGAAGCAGGUCCUUUGAUGUUAUCGCCGACUGGACAAUUCAUUGUGCCGUCGUCUUGUCCAAGCUUUCUUUUAGUGAAUUUUAUCACGGAAAACUUAGAGGAAGCUACGAAAAGACUAUAUCACUAUAACAACAUAAAGCACGUGGAACGAGAACUUCAUCGUAAAACUAUUAAAGAAUUAGGUUUAGCUGCUCUUAACAAGGACGACAGCAUUACACCGGAUCUUAUGAUACAAUGUUGCGAACGACUGCUUCUACACAAAAAGGAUCUAGCGCCAUCGCUCGAGGGCGUCAUGCUCUGGGUUACUCAUUAUUAUUCUGUUAUGAGCGACGGCGUUCUUUGUGUGCCAUGGGAUUGGAGAUUUUAACUUUCGAUAAAAUACAAAAUAUAUUAACGAUUGUUGUUAAGUCACUAGCAUAAGCAUAACGACAAUGCAAAUAAGUUUUACAAGUCCCGAGAUUUGCAAGAUAGUAAUUAUAGUAGCAGUUUAAAACAGGAAAUUGUCUGAAAGCAUAAGAUAAAGUUAUUAAGUCAAUUGUGUCGAUUGGCAUAUUGAUUUCUUUUUUACAAAGAAGAAAAGCGAAACUAGUAUCAGCAUAGUCGGUUUUAAUGAGAAGAAGCAUUUAGAUUACAUUGUAAGAAUCAUAUUUUAAAAUAGUACCUCUGUGCCGCACAAUUCGAAUGUUAUUAACUCAACGAUAAUGAAUUGUAAUAUCGUUUCUACCUUUGUGAGAGCGGCUAAAGAUAAAUUUCCUUGAAAAUAGUUCGUAAUCCCAAACAAAUUUUUGUAAAAAAAAAAUAUGAUAAAUAUAAGGUUGUCACAAAACUGGAAAUCGAGAAAAUAUCGGAAAAAUUGAAAAUGUGCAGAAAAUCAGAGAAAAGUCAGAAUUAAAAAAAAAAUUGACAUUCUUAAUUUUAAGGAAGUUUGAUGUGCGUCCAACACACGCAGUUUUAAAACACUACCAACUUAAUGAUUAAAUGCAAGCAAUGUCAGCAACUUUAAUAGUAUUAACAUUGCUAUGUUAAAUUACUUCCUCAAUAGAAUAAUUUUAACAAUUUCCAAAUCCAGAACAAAAAUACAACACUUUCAAAAUAUUAAAAAUCAUAUACCAUAUUAUUAAAAUGGUUAAAAUAUUAAAAGGGAAAAUCAUGAACUUUUGUUUGGAAAAAAUUAUUUUAGACGAAGAAAUUUGUGGCAACUCUCUAAACAGUCAGACAGAUAAAUUUAAACUGGAAUUGUUGUAUAUUUAAAAAAAUGAUUACUAGUCUUGCAUAAGUUUUAGUUUAGCUUAAGGGACUCGACGCUGUGCGCUGUAGACAAUUGUAAACAAGAUAUAUGUAUAUUUUUUUAAUUUGAUGUAUCAACUUAAUUGUAAAUGUGUGGUCUGUCGAUUAUAACCAAUC